UACCCUAAGGCAUCUGCCAGCACCCUGCUGGAGGGCCAGUUUCCUUGUGACUGUAUCCCUGAUCUGCAGAAGCCCUGGGUGAGGACCAUGUCGCUGUUUACGUCACUUCCUUUUCUUCUCCUGACUGUGGUGACAGCAUCUUGUGCAGACACAGAAGCAGAGAACUGUGAGAAUAUCCAGAAGACCUGCCCCGUGAUUGCCUGUGGUCCUCCAGGCAUCAACGGCUUCCCAGGCAAAGAUGGGCGUGAUGGUGCCAAGGGAGAAAAGGGAGAACCAGGUCAAGGACUCAGAGGCUCGCAGGGCCCUCCUGGAAAGAUGGGGCCUCAAGGAACACCAGGGAUCCCUGGGAUACCAGGACCAACAGGCCAAAAAGGAGACCCUGGAGAAAAUAUGGGUGACUAUAUUAGACUGGCUACUUCAGAAACAGCAACGCUACGAUCUGAAUUGAACCAGAUCAAAAACUGGCUAAUCUUCUCUCUGGGCAAAAAAGUUGGGAAGAAGAUAUUUUUUACCAAUGGUAAAAAGAUGCCUUUUAAUGAAGUGAAGACUCUGUGUGCACAGUUCCAGGGCCGUGUGGCCACCCCUAUGAAUGCUGAAGAAAACAGGGCCCUCAAGGAUUUCAUCACUGAAGAGGCUUUCCUGGGCAUCACAGAUCAGGAGACUGAAGGCCAGUUUAUGGAUCUGACAGGAAGCAGGGUGACCUACCAAAACUGGAAUGACGGCGAGCCUAACAAUGCUUCUCCUGGGGAGCACUGUGCGACACUCCUGUCGGAUGGCACAUGGAAUGACAUCGCUUGUUCCGCCUCCUAUUUGACUGUCUGUGAAUUCUCCAUCUGAGGGGGCAUGAGCCUCGAGUCCUCCUGUCCUGUUACUCAUCUCAUGGGCCCGCAACCUGGUUUGGAGGAUAAAUCUAUGUCAAUUUCACACACCCUGUACUCAGUUGCUCUUUUGUGGGGAAACAGAGACAAUGAGAAGAGUGGAUUGAGAAUGAUGUGACGUGGAAGUGAAAAGCGUGAAGAGACUUAUAGUGGUGUAGACCCAAUCCCGAAUAAUAAUCACUUCAGUAACGACAAAAUAAUAGUAAUAGUAGCAACAGCAGUAAUAGUGGGAGUGCUAAUAACGUAUUUAAAAAUGUUUACUGUGAGUCAGACAUUACACGUAAGAUUAUACAUUAAGUAUCUAAUUUAAUUAGGCCAUUCAUUUUUGUUUGAGAGUUAUCUAAGGUUAAAAAAAAAUAAAAUGGAUUUAUUUUUAUAUUUACUCUAAACACCUAUGUUCUAUGGAACCUUUCUUUCUCCUUGGGUUGAGGGCUAACCUUAAUGACAUCUUUCCAGCCUAAUUUCCAUAGCUUUUCUGUUAGUCUCAGGUAUUAUCUAUUUUGUUGCUUUCUUUCUAAACUAUAUUUUAUUUUCUUUUUAAGGAACUGCUACACUACGUAAAUAGCAAAAAUAUCAAAUGAAUCGAUUAAUGAAUGCUCACCUAAAUAUGCACCUAUAUAACUACCUUCCAAAUCAAGAUACAGAACAUUUCCAGCAUCUUAAAAGCCCCUUCAUAACCCCUUCUAAUUGACAUCCCCAAAGGUAAAUACUAUUCUGAGCUCUAGUAUCAUACUUUAAUUUUGUGUAUGAUAUUUCAUAUAGGUGGAAUGAAGUGUAUAAACUUCAGAUAAAUGGAAUCAGACUAUGCAUACAGUUUUAUGUCUUGCUGUUUUCUAUUCAAAAUUAAGUCUGUGAGACUCAUUCCUGCUGUUAACAUGUAGCAGGAGAGUUUUCAUUUUCACUGUCCUGUAGGAUUCCACCAUAUGAGUGUAUCUCAGUGUAUUCAUUAUAUUGCUAAUGGACAAUUGGACUGCUUUCUGUCAAGAGAAAAACCUGAUGAAUAUUUCUGUAUUUGUCUUUUGGUAGAUAUGCAUUAGUUUCUCUUGGCUAUCUGACAAGAAGUAGAACUGGUGGGUCAUGGAGUAAGCAUUGUGUAAGUAACUUCAGUAGAUCCUGCCAGUUUUCCAAAAUGAUCAUAUGAAUUUACACUCCUACCAACAAGGUGUGUCAGUUCUGGUUGCCCUGCAUAUUUGUAAAAGAGUUAACAUUUUUAGUCCUUUUAACUUUGGCCAUUUCUGUGAGUUUUUAAUUUCAGAUGUUAUUUUCUUAAGAUUUAGAUCUGUUUAUGAUUUCUAUGUCUCUUGGGCAGUUUUGGCAAAUUGUGCUUUUUCAGUUAAUUUGUGUAUUUCAUCUGAAUUGCUGACUGUGUAGGCAUAACAUUGUUCCCCAAAUUUCCCUAUUUGUUUUCAAAGUAAGUAGGAUCUGCAGUGAUGUCUCCAUUGUAUUUUUCACGGUUAUUUGUACUUUCUUUUUUUCUUAGUAAGUCUUGAUGGGGGGUAAUUUGUUAAUUUUAUUAAUAUUUUUCAAAAGCUAUACUUUUUAAUAUUGCUUUUCUCUAUUAACCUCUAUGAUCAAUUUCCUUCAUAUUUGUCCAUAGCUUUACAUUUCCUGUGAUCUCUCCUCAUAUCAAAUAUGUCCUUCUCUUUUCUAACUUAAUCCUUUAACAUUGACAAUUAAUUUUCUAUGUUUCUUCUUUUCUAACAUAUUCAUCUAAAGUUAUAAAUUUUCCACUAAGUUUGCUUUAGCUGUAUUCCAUGGGUUUUCAUAUACAGCGUUUGUCACAUCAUUCAGUUCAACAUACUUUAUAAUUUUCAUUGUAAUUUCUUCUUUGACUCAUGGCUUAUUUAUAAAUUAAUUUAAAAGUGUGCUGUUUAAUUCCAAGAUACUUGGUAGUUUCAAAGUUACCUUCGUGUAAAUGAUUUACAGUUUUAUUCUGCUGUGGCCAGAAACAUACUUUGAAUAAAUUCAGUCCUUUAAAAUUUGUUAAGACUUGCUUUUAUUGCACAAUUUGUGGUUAAAUAUGACCAGAUAAUCACGAUAGUGUGAUCACUCACCUAGAGCCAGACAUCCUGGAAUGUGAAGUCAAGUGGGCCUU